AUGGAAGACAUGCGCCGGAAGAGCAUUCCAACUGAACAGUUAUUACUCAUACAACUGCACAUAUUGUUCGAUGAAUGUAGACCCACUGGUUCGGACAGUGAAACAGACUUCGACUUCCUUCUGAAUAAGCCUCGACAAACUAGUAGUAUCUCAGCUCUCGUGCUUCCUUCGGGUGGCAUCGAGGUGUUCCAGCUGAACCAGUUUACAAUAGGUAAGCUGGUAGCUCUACGAUUACCACAAUGGGACGAGUCCGACAAUUCAGGUUUCAGUGAAGGUACGAACUUCCAGGAGAGUAGCUGCAACAUUUCACUGAGGCCCCGAACAGUUGAGCCGAAAGCGGUAGCCCAUACAAGGCGAUUGACGUAG